AUGGGUAUUCUAUGGAUCUUCAUAGUGUGUAUACUGAACAAAUGUUCUGUUGGACAUGGUGCCUCGACUACUCGAUCGCCUUCACCCACCUACUAUGACAGGGAGAAAGAAACAUCGCCGGACAUUUGGGUAAGAGCUCAACCUCCAACAAUUACACCGAUUCCAUUAAAAGAUGUUUACUACGAAGGCGAAAAUGUGACACUGAUUUGUUUCGCCGAUGGUAACCCUCCAGUCACCUAUUCAUGGACUAGGAAUAACUCCCCAGUUAGCGGAUCCUCUCGACUCCAUCUGAUAGACAUCCGUAUUGAGCAAUCGGGAGUAUACGUCUGCGAGGGCACCAACUUUUUUGAAGGGAACAUAUUCAAACAGUCGCGGUCAGUUAACAUAACAAUAGUGGAAAAAUCCAUCAAGCCUGUUCAUAUCAACCUUCAUGUUCGCCUGGCCGAGAAUGUUUUGACUUUGACUUGCUCAGUGGACGAUACUUUGGAUUAUAAAUGGUUGUUAGAUGGUGUUAAAGUUGGUGCCGGAUCAAAGUUAGUCCUCAGCAGCGGUGAUAGUUCAGGACAGUACGUGUGUGUUGCAAAGAACACGUUCACUGGAAAGACAUACCACGGGAACAGAUCUGUCAACGUUAAAAUAGAACCAACACAAAAUGAAGCUGGCAGUAUCUAUAUAACCGGGAUAGUCUUCAUCUGUAUAGCGGUUCCAUUGCUCCUAGUUACUGUUGGACUGGGACUUUUUAUCAGUCGUAACAAUCGGCUACCUUGCUAUGUUAGAAAUGAACAGGACGAAGCUGGAUUGCCACGGGACGAACAUCCUUCAUUACCAGCAGAAAAUACAAGAGAAAGACGAGAGUCAGAUUAUCAACAGCUAGAAUCGUCUGCCGUCGCUGGGCCAUCUGUGUAUGACGUUCUAGAACGGCGUUCUACAAGAUCUGUAAGUGGAGAUAGUCCUGCAGAACAAUCAUACGAGAUGUUACAAGAUAGAUCAUCCAGGGCAGUAUACGAUGAAUUACAUGUCUAGGAAACAGCAUACGAACGAAGAUUGUCAAAAGGGA